UGUCCGGGGUGUUGUCCGCCGCUGAAGAAGAAGUGGUGUUUAGUUGUAGUUCACUUGUUGAAUGGCAGCAGACUGAAGUCUACACGAUCUCGCAGUUUGGAACUAAUUCAUCAAAUUCAACACAGCGUUUCCGCGGAUCUGUCCGGAACUGUUGGCUGAGUCAAAAUGCGGGACCGAACCAAAGAGCUCGGAAAUAACGCCGAGGCUUCCGACGACGACGAGGAGCGCAAAGCUCUGAUGUUCAGACCGGAUGACAAGGAGAGCGAAGCGUUCUUCAAAAAGGCUCAUGAAAUCCACGAAGCUCUGCAGAAACUGAAGAAGAUGGUGUCAGACCUGGAGAACAAGCAGAAGACGGUGCUGGGCGAGGCGCUGCCGGACGAGAGUAAGAAGAAGGAGCUCCAGACGCUGCGAGAAGACAUCAAAACGCUGGCGAGCCAGAUCCACAAGAAGCUGAAGAGUAUCGAAUCCAAGAAGGGAGACGAGGAUGGAAAAUAUGUUCCCCUCCACAUCCGGAUGCAGCGCACUCAGCACGGCGUCCUGUCGAAGGAGUUCGUGGAGCUGAUGGGUCACUGCAACACCAUCCAGGCUCAGUACAGAGAGCGGAACGUGGAGCGGAUCCAGCGGCAGCUGAAGAUCACCGGCAGCAACGUGACCGACGAGGAGCUGGACUCCAUGCUGGAGAGCGGACAGACGGAUGUUUUCACCCAAAACAUCCUGAUCGACGCCAAAGCCACCCGGCAGGCGCUGAACGAGAUCGAGUCCCGGCACGACGAGAUCCUCAAGCUGGAGCGCAGCAUCAAAGACCUGCACGACAUGUUCCAGUACCUGGCCAUGGAGGUGGAGGCGCAGGGGGACCUGGUGAACAGCAUCGAAGCCAACAUCAAGGAAACGUCCAACUACAUCGAGAAAGCCAAGGACAACACGGAGAAGGCCGUCACCUAUCAGCAGAAGGCCCGCAAGAAAAAAGUUUGGAUCGCCAUCUGCUUGGCCAUCCUCAUCAUCAUCAUCGCCAUCGCCGUGGCGACGAGCUUCUCUUAGUGGCUGACAGGCGUGGCUCCUCCCCCUCCGUCAUGGAAACUCGGGAGCGGGUGGAGUUGCUGGUUUUGCCCCCCACCUUCACAUUUCAUAUCGGUCGUCCUCUAACAGUCUAACAGCCCCUUCAUCAUCAUCGUCAUCCUCGCCGUCACCGGAGGAGAGAAAAGCUCUCCGGUGUUUAAACUCACGACUACAAUCGUUCCCGGCAGUGCUGAACAGUUUCUGUUCUGCAAAGCAAAAACCAGGAGAUUCUCAUCACUGUUACGUCGCUCCUUCCCCCUUCUUUAAAAAAAAAAAAGGAACCAAGUGACCUUGAGCAAGGCACUCUGCAGUAUUGGAAACCCAACACUGGCGCUGGUCAUACUGUACUCAGGAAAACUGUGUCGUUAUGUUUGUGCUUCUGGAUGAAUUUGGAGAAGUAAAGAUCAGUUUUAUAAAGUGGGACUUUUCCUUUGACAGACUAAUAUAAAUGUACAUAACCUUUAUUGCUGAUGAUUAAAAUGAACUUUAUACAGAUGAUUUUUUUUUAAACUUGAAAGAAAUUUCAGGCUGCCUCCAUGUAAGAAGUGUAAAUACAGAUGUUUUUGUGUGUGUGUGUGUGUGUGAGAGAGAGAAAUGAUUGUGUGACGCUCGUCUCCGUUGCUUGGCCGUGAGAGCGCAGACAGGAAGCGGCGCUCCUGCUUUUACCCGCCUGGUAUUUAUGAUUUGAACCUUGUGAGCUGCUGCAGCCAGGUUUUGUAAAGCGUGCACUAACACUGUUAAAGGGACGAGGAGAAGCUUCGGCCUGUAACGCUCUGCUCUGAUUGGACCUUUAACCACAGGCUCUGUGCUUUUAUUUUGUACAUGUGUUUUGGUCACUGUGUCUUCACUCAAUUCUCCUGUAAACAAAUAAAUUAUCUGUCGGACUCGU